UCCUAUAUGAUAUGGGGAUGUGAUGCUUAUUUUUUUCCUAUCAUCUUGUUAUAUUCUUGGCCAUAAACUGUCACAUGUCAGUGAUCUUCUGAUGUGUUACUUCUUGGUCUUUUCUGAACCUUGCUCCAACCUAUUUCACCGUCUUCUAUUGGUAAAAACGGUUCGGUUCAUCACAGAAUGGGAGUGUAAAGAGGGGUUGGGGGGGGGGCGUCACAAGCAUCCACAAUCCAACCAUUGUCGAUGUAAACCGCAAAUGAACAGUUUUGACCCCCUUUCUCGCAAUGAAUUUUUCACAGUUUCUCACGAGGAAGCGUAGCCACUGAUCUGCCUAAGGGAUGGAGUCUCUCUUCGGGGGCGAGCUGGGCCUCCUGGGCGGGGGCGAGGGGCUGAGGGAUGACGGCUGCGGCUUGGGGUCGGGGGUCAACUGGUCAUCCUCACCCAUCCAAGACGACAUGUACCCCUCCCACUUCGCCCUGGCCGCCGCCUACCAUGACAUCAAGAAGCGAUUGGCCAGCCUGGAGCGAGAGAACAGCAGCAUCAAGAGGAAGCUGAAGAACUAUGAGGUCAAGUUCCCUAUGAUCAGUGAGUUUGAGGAGGAGAGGACCCUACAGUGCUGCUCCUGUGAACCCAAGGAGACCAGCCUACUGCAGUCAGAGACCACCAACCUGCAACAGAGAGUCAACUCCCUCACACAGGAGCUCCAGAAGAGUAAAGAGCGAGAGGAGAGGCUGGAGGAUGUGAUUCAGGCCUAUGAGAAGAUCCACAUGGAGAAGAGUAACGUUCAGAGAGACCUGGACAAGAUGACAACACUAGCAGAGCAGCAUAUGGAGCGUAUCUGUGGUCUGGAGUCAGCUCUGAGGCAGAGGGAGGGGUCCCUGCAGAAACUCAGUGCUCAGCUGCACAGCAAGAACAUUCAUUACCUACAGCUACACACCAGUCUGGACGUGCCUCGUGAGCGGAACGGGCGGGGUCCAACCCUGCAGAGCUCUCGUAGUCUGGACGCCGUGUCCGACCUGAAGCUGCAGAGGUUGGAGGUGGAGCUAGAAGGGGCGCGGCAGCAGGCCCAGGGUGCGUGUCAGAGAGAGAAGGAGAUGAAGGAGGAUCUACAGAGGCUGCAGGCAGAGAUCAGACAGCUGCAGCAGAAUGUACAGAGACAGGAGGUGACCACACCCUGUGAGCACUGUGACAUGGAAUGGAUAAAGAAGGCAGGAGAUGAACAGGUGAAUCUGGCGUUGGCCUACACUGAGCUGACAGAGGAGCUGGUGCGUGUGCGAGGUCUGGCUGUAAAACAGACUGAGAUCCUCAGGAAGGCAUCCCACGAGCAGAUGGUCCUGAGACACUCCCCAGCACCCCAGCGUCGCUACUCAGCCUCCCAACGCCCCUCCCCAGACCGCCUCCACUCCUCUCCUCCCCUCUCACCUUCCUCACCCCCUUCUGGCCCUGCAUCCUACUCCCCAACUGGCCUCUCUUACUCCCCCACCGGCUCAGCCUCCUACUCCUGCCGGCCAACCAGCCAACGGCUGCGUGCCCGCUUCCAGGGGCGCCGCAGCUACUCAGAGGUGGCCGACUCGUCUGCCCACCAGAGGCCCCCCCCCAGGCUGCUCCGUGACCCAGUCUCCACACUGCCCAAGCCCAAGAACAUGGGGGAGUCUGGGGCUUAUUCCCGCCCGCCCAGGAUUUCCCUGGUGGGGCUUCCCCGGCCGGCCUCGGCCCGUGGAGCUGUAGGUGCUGGUGGAGGGGGAGGAGGUGGUGGCAGCAGCCUGAGCAGUAGCCCCCACCACCAUGCCCUGGAGCUGGGCUUCCCUCUAGCUGCAGAGGGGCGUCACUUCUGUCAUCUGAAGGAUCCCCCGGCCCCCAUCCCACAGGUCACCCCGCCCCAGUCGUCUGACGAUGAGGAGUGGAGGUGCCCAUCCCCGGUCUCCAGUCCUCCCAGGACACUGGGGGCCAUGGGGGUAAGCUCACGGGAACCCCCUCCCUGCCCUUCCUUCUUGGCCCUAAAGGACCCGGCUACCCUCGCCUGCCACCUGCCAGGGUACUUGAACGCAGACCACGCCCAGUCCUGGCCCUCCAUCAAUUUGUGGAUGGAGACGGAGGAGAACGACACCCGGAGCUGCCCUCUGUGUCAGCUGACCUUCCCUACUGGUUACCCCGAUGACGCCCUCAUCAAACACAUCGACACGCACCUGGAGAACAGCAAGAUCUAAACCCCCCCCCCAAGACACAGAUCAACUUACCCUGCCAAAUUCUAACCUAAACCAUGAUCAGGAAAAUCCAUUGCAGAUCCCCUUUGCAAUAUGACACUCUAGGGCAGACUGCAUCCACUGAAUCAUCCAUCUAAAUUUAGAUGUGAUACUAGUCGUUUUCUAAAACUGGAAAGUUUCCUAACCUCUGUAUUUGACCAUGUUAGUUUAGGGCUAUAACAAGGGCCAGUGCUGUUUCUGAAUGCUCCCCCUCUCUCCCAUGUUAUCAGGUAUGGUCUUUACAUGGUUACCUCACACGGUUUUUAAAACCCAUCAAUAAUGGGUCACAGCCCAACUACAUGCUUUUAUCACGAAGUUUACACUGUCAAACCAGAAUGAACUCGUCACCCAGAGACUUUAAGGGCAUAUUCAUAACAGAGGUACACAGCACUUUUUACAAUUUAGUUCUAAUGGAACUUGAAUAGUUUUCGUGGAGAUUCAAGAACAAUCUUUAAAACAUCUCACGUGUCUCUGUAAAAUGUAAUGAAAUAACAUGAAGUUAAGGGUGACAGAGGGGCUGGUGAUAAUAGCUACAAAUAGUCGAGCUAUGGCAGUGUGUCGAGGGCCCUAAAACAGUGAUAGAACGGCCCACUAUAGGUACCUCGUAAGAAACUCCUU